UGUCACUGCCAAAACUAAUUUGGAUUUUUAUGUCAGUGUAGCUCUCACGAAUACAAUUAUCCACCCCUGUUCACUGCAGCCAGUGUCGUAUCUUCUCGUUCGAGGAAUCAGGAGCGUCGUGACUCCGUGAAACAUCUUGUUAUGGCUGACGUGUGUUGACAACAGAGUGACUGUUAAUUAGUUUCACCUAAAUCAGGGAGCACAGUCAGCCUGGAGUCUCUUAAAAGCGUCAUUAGUGCAGGCUUUUCUGUCCCGCACUCAAGUCAACUCUAAAAGAAAUUGUUUUAUAUUUACAUAUAACAUCAACGACACAAUGCCAACGGAAUAUCUGGACGAAUAUCAACCUCUGCUUAUUAAAGAAGUUAAAGAUAGAAAGCAGCCAAAGCUUCCACGUAUACAACUGUUGCUGGCUGGCUGUGCUGCCUGUAUAGGAGGAACCUUUCAGUAUGGAUACAAUUUAUCUACCAUCAACGCACCCACUGUGUAUGUGCAUAAUUUCAUCAAUGAGACCUGGAGGGAGCGUUACCAAGUUGACAUCACUGAGAAUGCUCUUACCCUGCUUUGGUCCACUAUUGUCUCUGUAUUCACCUUAGGAGGACUCAUAGGAACAACGAUUGGUGGCACACUGUCUGUGAAGCUUGGAAGGAAAGGGACUCUGUUGGCCAAUAACACAUUUGCAUUACUAGCUGCUCUGCUGAUGGGUCUGAGUUACCCCACAGGAUUGUUUGAAUUACUCAUUGUUGGACGUCUUCUCAUUGGAAUAAAUGCAGGUAUUGGCCUUUGUGUUCAACCCCUGUAUUUGGGUGAAAUAGCUCCAACGGCAUUCCGUGGCACCCUGGGAAUGGGAACCGGUUUUUUCAUCACUGUUGGGAUCUUGACCGGACAAGUGAUAGGCCUUAAACAACUGCUCGGCACAGAAGAGUACUGGCCCCUUCUGCUCGCCACCACAUGUAUCCCAGCGGUACUGCAGCUCCUGAUCCUGCCGUGGUUCCCAGAGAGCCCAAGUUACCUGCUCAUUGACAAAGGAAAUGUCAAGGAGUGCAAGAAAGCCCUGAAGCAGCUGCAUGGAGUUUCUCACUGUGAUGAUGAACUGGAGGACAUUCAGAAGGAGAAGAAUAAUUUAACAGGUUUUGAGGCUAGCAAACCCUGGCAGCUCCUUAUUGAUCCCAGCAUGCGCUGGCAGCUUCUCACCGUCAUGCUGCUCAAUGCUGUGCAACAGCUGAACGGCAUCAACGCUAUUUACUUCUAUGCAGAGUAUGUCUUCAGACAAACAGGGAUUCCUGUUGAUCAAAUACCAUAUGUGACCAUUGGCUCUGGUGCCUGUGAAUGCAUCACUGCUUUAACAUGUGGUUUGGUCAUUGAGUCUCUGGGAAGAAAAGUGCUCAUCACAGGAGGAUACAUACUGAUGAGUAUCUUCUGCAUAUUAUUAACGCUGACACUUUCAUUUCAGGAUUCCAGCCCGAUUUUUCCAUACUUGAGCAUGGUGUGCAUUUUUGCUUUUAUCCUGAGCUUUGGGUUAGGACCAGGUGGUGUGACUAGCAUCUUGACCACUGAAUUAUUCACACAAACCUCACGCCCUGCAGCGUACAUAAUUACAGGGAUAGUAAACUGGGGUAGCUUCUUCGUCAUCAGCUUAGUCUUUCCUUUUAUUGUGAUUGGUCUGAAGCAGUACAGCUUCCUGGUGUUCUUGGUUGUCUGCUCCUCAGUGGCAGUAUACAUUAUUCUUGUUGUUCCUGAAACCAAGAACAAAACCUUCCUUGAAAUUCAGAAUGAUUUUCAGUCCUUCAACAACAGAAAGGCCCACAAUGCUGAUGGCGCUUGAGCGAAGGGAAAAGCGCCCCGUGACUCGGAGGUUUAACAAGCAAUUUUUUUCUAUUUGUAAAGAUCAAAUUAUUAAAAAUCUUUCCGAACAAA